AUGGCGUCCGAUCCGAACAGCCAGCCCAGCCCCGCCCCUUCUGCGACCUCCUCCUCCCUGACCCUGAAUGCAACCGAAUGGACCGGGCACAAGCGGGGUGCCCCGUCCGAAGACCUCAGCCCUGCCGCCGCCGGUUCCGAGGGGAGCCCCACUACCUCCGGCGGCACUGGCUCCCGCGCUGCGCCCAAUACCGCAGCCAUUGCUACCACAGAUGCCGGGAAGAAGCGGCGCACCGGUCCGGGGUCUCGGGGCGUGGCCAACCUCACCCCUGCUCAGCUAGCCAAGAAGAGGGCGAACGACCGCGAGGCGCAAAGGGCCAUUCGGGAGCGGACCAAGCACCAAAUCGAGCAGCUCGAGCGACGUAUCCAGGAGCUUACCUCCCAACAGCCGUACCAGGAUCUCCAGGUCGCCCUCCGGGCUAAGGAAGCCGUCGAAGCAGAGAACGUCGAGAUCAAGAGACGUUUGGCCAGCAUCGUGUCGCUGCUCCAGCCCCUCAUCUCAUCGCCCCAUGGCCCAGCUCCCACCACCGCAGCCCACGACCCAGCCUAUCCCUUUCCCGCCCCGGGAUUUGGCAACGCUUCUCAUCAUCAACAUCACCCGCCCGCCCCCGUCUCGGCUCACACCGCAUCUACUCCAGGAAGCGCUGCGUCACCCGGCUCUGUUGGACAUCAACCGUCGUGGCCCGCCGUCUCUAGCGACCAGGCCGCCCAGGGAAGGAUGCUCGACCAACAACGCCACGAUCUCCGCCAUAACCUCGACCUCGGCCCUGAGAAACUGGGUCUCGACUUCCUCCUAGACUCUCCCCUAGGAUGCCCCAGGAUACGGAACGGCAUCCAUGGCGCUCAGGAUUCGCCCCAAUAUCAUCAUGUUCCCAUGAAACACGACUGGGCCAGCGCCUACGCCGCGCAACAUCCCUCUCUGGCCUAUGCCAACGGAACCUCCCAGCAGACCAGGGGACUCGACUACUUACGGAACUCCCCACCGACCUGUCCUCUGGAUAGUCUGCUCCUAGACUUCCUCAAUGAACGCCGCCAACGCGCCGCCGACGGCCUGCCGACCGGCGAACUCAUCGGCCCGCGCUAUCCUUCCGUGUCGUCGCUCCUGAACCCCGCCAACAGCCAAUACUCCCAUCCCUUGUCCAAAGUCUUCACCGACAUCCUGUCCACCUUCCCCGACCUCUCCCGGCUUCCCGAGAAAGUCGCCGUCCUGUACAUCAUGUUCCUCAUCAUGCGCUGGCAGAUCGCCCCGACCCGGGAGAACCUCGAGCGCCUCCCGCCCUGGGCCCGCCCCGUGCAGGAGCAGUUCGUCUACCCGCACCCGGCCUGGGUCGACCACCUCCCCUUCCCCCUCAUGCGCAAGCACAUGGCCCGCAACUACAACCUGCGGGAGUACCCCUUUGACGAGUUCUUCGUCCCCUUCACCACCACCCUGUCCCUGAACUGGCCCUACGAGGAGGUGGACACCCUCCUCAUGGUGCCUGAUUCCAACGACGUCUUGAUCAAUCCCGUCUUCGAGCGGCACCUGCGCCGCCUCGAGAAUUGGACGCUGGGCGACUCGUUCGCCUCGGUGUUCCCCAGCUUGACUGGCAUGUAUACCUUUAAGAGCAGCAAGUCGCAAGCGGCGCGGCGGUAG